AUGAAGUUGGGAGAGGAAAAUAGGGAGAGGAAGGGAAAGAAGAAGAAAGAAGUAGGGAAAAGGAAUGUAGAAGGGAAGAAUAAAUUAGAGAGAGGAAAGGAAGCAGAUAAAGAGAAUAAGGGAGAGGGAUGGGAACGGGGAGAGAGAAUUAGGGAGAGGGAUGAGAACGGGGAGAGGGAAGUAGGGAGAGGGAGGGAAACUGGGAGAGGGAAGUUUCCAUUUGUAGGUGAUUUAAUGCUGAUUUCGUAUUUUCCUCUACUUUCAGUCCUGUCACUCGUGGCUAGCGUGCUUUCCCUCACACUCAUUGCCUAUGACCGGUUCUUUGGGAUUGUGUUCGCCUUGCGUGCCCACAUGACAGAGAAGCGGGCUCGUACCUCUCUUAUUCUCAUUUGGUUAUCUGCACUGGCUGUGGCUCUUCCUGUCCUUCUCUACCGGAAGUUGAACGUCCGCCAUUGGUCUGAUCACGUGGAGCAAUGGUGCGAUGACGAGUUCCCAACAUGGACGACGACAGUGGACAAUGUGACGGUGACAGAGCAGACGUCGAGGACAGCUUACUAUGUCGUGGUCUCCGUAGUCCUCUACUUUGUUCCUAUCAUUGUCAUGACGUUUGCUUAUUCUAUAAUAAUCAUGAAGUUAUGGAUUAGCACAAUUCCAGGAGAAAUCGUUGAUAAACGAGUAGAGGUGCAGGCUAGAACGAAACGCAAGGUGAUUAUGAUGUUGGUUGUUAUAUUGGUCGUGUUCGGUGUCUGCUGGCUCCCGUGUCAGGUCAUUCUACUCUACAGUGAACUCCGACCCGACAAGGAACAGAGGCUUGGAGACUGGUUCCGAGACGUACAGUUUUCUGGAUAUUGCAUGGCCUACUCUAACAGUGCUCUCAAUCCGCUAAUCUACGCUGGAUUUAAUGCUAAUUUUAAGCGCG